UGGGGGCGGGGGGAGAUGAAAGCCUGGUGUGAUCAUGAAUGGCUCUGAAAUUUUCUAUGCUUUGCAAGAGCCUAGAGUGAAGGAAAGAGCAGGCUGAUCCUGUGUUAUGAAACACAAUUCCAGCAUAGUUUUACUUCAUAAAUUCUGUGGUGAGAUCUAAUAAAAAGAAGCAAAUCAGCGACUUUUUCCAGCCUAAUCUGCUCUCAAAAGGAGACAGCAUGGAAGCUAUUGCAAAGUUUGACUUCAAUGCAACAGGAGAGAAUGAACUGAGUUUCCGGACUGGAGAUGUUCUGAAGAUCUUAAGCUCUAAGGAAGAUUGGUACAAGGCUGAGCUGAAUAGUUAUGAAGGAUAUGUCCCAAAAAAUUUCAUAGAUUUUCACAGUCCGACUUGGUUCCAUGAAGAAGUGUCCCGCCACAAGGCUGAGAAUAUGCUCAGGGACAAGGGUGUCGGCUCGUUCAUCGUCCGAGCUACUCAGAAUUCUCCAGGUGACUUCUCCAUCUCUGUCAGGCAUGAAGAGGAUGUCCAGCACUUUAAAGUGAUGAAGGACUCAAAGGGCAACUACUUUUUAUGGAGUGAAAAGUUCCAGUCGCUAAAUGGACUUGUGGAGUACUACAAGACUUUUUCCAUCUCCAGACACACACAGAUCUUCCUGCGGGAUGAGACCCAGAAAGAACAGCAGGAAGCAUGUGUUUGGAACCUGGCCAGAAAGACACAGGAAGUGCUUCACCUGAAUGGAGGACAUGGGAAAGAAGCGAGAGCAUCAGGGCAAAAGAAAGAUGUGGAUCAUUCUGCAUCUUGGCAGCAUAAGCAGAUGAGAUUUCAGAGAUGUUCGACUCCAACUCCCAUUGCCCCAAUCAGCGUUCCAAUGGUCAGGGAUGAUGUCCAGCAACAUCAGGAGGGUCAGAGGCUCCUCACCUCUGCAUUAAAGGACCGACGUGGCAGGAGUCUGGAUAUUCAAGAUGGGCCUCAGGGCCAAAGAAACCAUGGAGAAGGGAGUGCACCAUCUAUGUUCCGGAGGCACAAUGAUCCAGCACAGCAACCACAGAGAACACGAUGGGUCCGUGCCUUGUAUGACUUUGAGGCAGUGGAGAAUGACGAGCUAGGCUUCUGCAUUGGAGAUAUCAUUGAAGUUGUGGACAACUCUGAUGCAUUUUGGUGGAAAGGCUGUUUACAUGGAGAAUUUGGACUCUUCCCUGCCAACUAUGUAGGGGCAGUGACCUGGUGAAUUUGCAUAGUUUGCAACUGUGUCUGUUUUAAUGAGGAUGCUUCAUCUUAUCAAUAGCAGAAGAAAUCUCAAUCAUGCAUCCGGGUGACAUAUAUAGUCUUCACAAGCAUAACAUACAGCUGUUCAGUAUUCAAUAUUAAAAGAGCUUAUCAAAGGGGAGAGCUGAUCUUUUUGCUCUUAAUGGUGGCAAGAGCCUUAGAUUGUCUAAAAAAAUCUCACUGAACUUCUAUGUGUUGUCCCUCAUUUAACAGAUCUAAGCUAACAUGCAUCUUGCUUUUAGUGGCUAAAAGUGCUUUUAGUCUUAGGAAAUCCUUCAGAGAAACCUUUGGUUUCACUUCAAGCACCCUGUGAGUCACCCCACCUUCACAGCUGUUACGACUGUCACAGCUGAACUAUGAACACUUGGGUACACUUGGGUACAAUUCUAUCUUUAAUGGUGCAUACAGAUGUACAUAAUUUGAACGGAGAGCUUUCUGUGCAAGCACAGUCACCACUAGGGGAGCUCAGGGACUAGUUCGGCAUGUUUCAUAGCAGAAGAGCAUUAUGCACAGCUCUGAUUGGCUUGAACCAGUGAUGGCACAAGGAUCCUCCUUGGAACAAUUUAUCAACUACUUUAAACUACUUUAAAAUUGAUUGUUUGCUUUUAAUUUUAAAAAGUGGAUAAAGGUAUGUUUAAUUUUAUAAAUGUACAUACAGUGCUUGAUUUUUUUUUUAACUCAGAUAGCUCACCUGAAACACAAGGGGAGAAGCUAGGCAAAUGACUGAAUCAGUGUUCAGUUCACUGAUUAGCACACCUGUCAUCUGCAUUUCAAACAUAGGAGGAAGCUCCCUUGAUGGGGGGAAAUGCAGUGUAACUCCUGUUUUGUUUUGGGUACAUCUUUACACACCCUGCUUCUCCUUUAUUGCAAUAUGAUACAAUUCCCAAGUUAAAAAGCUUUGCAGAAUUCAUGCUGUGGUUGGGUUGCCAUUGCAGAUUCUGUUGCAAAGGUGCAUAUGCAUGUUUACUUUAUUCAAUAAUUCAUCGCCUGAGAACAUUUCAAUUUUGUGUCUUGAACUGGACUUGUGAUUUGUUGUUGCUGUUUUGUUUUUUAUUUGGCUUGGGCUUCUCUAGUACUAGGCAUGGAAUGAAAAAGCUCUUCUUCACAGAGCUCUUCUGCAGCAGUUAGCAGCAGGAGCCCCAUAUAUAUGGAGCAGUUUGGAUUGUGGUCACUGGGUUUAAGACAGCAAUUGUAUUAUCUCUUUUCAGUAACUAUGUGGAUCCACAUAAACACCCAGGGUGAACCCACACUGAAAACAUGUAUCAGUCCUUGGUGCCUGGUCCAUUAAGGCAAAUGGGCCACUGCCUUCUUACUUAUAUCCACUCCAGGGGGUGGUACUGGCUGUCAGCUUCUGCCUCCUCAGUCUCACCGUUGCCCUUACAGAAUUCAGCAGGAAGGAGGAUAGGGACAAAACCAGACUUAGUUAUCCCUUCCUCUCUUUGGCUCUGGUUCCAUCUCCUGUUGGCCUCCCUGCCUUCUGUCCUACCAGACCCAGUGAGCACCAGCGACCACUGAUACCAGUUUAAUUGUAAUGACUUCCCUCCAAAUAAUCCUGGGAAAUGGAAAGUGGUUGGGAGUGCUGAGAAUUUUAUAGCUUCUAAGGUUCCUUUGGGAGAAGGAAUGACUCUCAAUCCAGUAUAGGUUUGCCCACAGUUUUUUUCCAAGUCAAACCAAGCUUACAGGAAACCAGUAAGGUGGCUGAUUUAAGGCAUUGCAUUUAUAUUCAUUUUGUGCUUGUUAGGGAUGGGAUUCGCUGCCCAGUUCUGAUCCACUUCGUAUUCCAAUAGCCCAUCAUUCAAUCCCAACCCGCCUUUUUUUUGUUGCCUCUUGCUUUUGCACUUGCAAAUUAGAUCCGCUGUUGUUGUUUCGGCAGUGAAAAAAAUCACAUACUUUUUAACAUAAAUGCUUUUGUAAAUCCAUGGAAGUUAAUGGAUUACAGCAAUUGUAAUUACAAAGAUAUUUAUGUAAAACUGGGGGGGGGAAUCAAAGGAAAAAGUUGUGCCGAUUACAGCCACGGCCUGCUGCAAGAAAUCUUCCGGUCUGAAAAGGCAGCGGACUGUCAGAUUCAGUCAAAAUCCAGUACUGAGUCUGAUUUAGAGGCUAUUCACCCCCAUCCCUAGUGUUUGUGUAGCAAAUGUUUUAAUGUCAUGCAUUUAUUUAUUUGUGGCAGACAUGCAUAUGUUCUCUUAGGCUGCUAAUACAUGCCACAAUGGAAAGUGGUUGAAGAAAGAGGGUGAUCCUAUACAUUGCAUUUAUAGGUGGUGAAUGUAAAGUCUGAAAGCUUUCUAAGUAUCCAAAUUUCCAAAACAGGUUUCUCUUGCUCUCGUUGACCUGGUUUGCACAUCACACUAAGUCAAACCAUGGCUUAAUAUAAGUAUGUGGGCUCCAGAAGAGAUAUUGCAGCCGCUUUGCUCCUCCCCAGUCAUUCUGCUGCAACGCUGCACUGAGCUGAACCAUGGCUUGGCUUAGCAUGCUAUCUGAACCCAGGCUCAUGGUUUAGCUCUCUCCAUACUAACCACGAGCUAUACAAAGGCUUUGUCCUCUCUGGGAGUUUGUAUGUCCAUGCAUUUGCACUAAACCAUAGUCUGGCUUAGCAUGAUGUGCAAACUAGGCCAUUGUCUAUAGCUGUUGCCUGUUAGGUUGUGAUAAUCCAACUACACCCCAGCAUCCGUAGCGCUCUCUUUUUGUUGUGAAGACAAACUAUGUGCUUGCUGUAAACAACAAUUUUACUGCUAUAUGUUUUUUAUCUGUUGAGUGCCCCAGAAGGAGCUACUCUGUAAUC